ACAAGUGGCAACAACGACAACGACGGCUUAAAGUAAUAGAAAAUGUUUUGAACGGUUCGUUUUUGGUAUCCUGUUUAUGUUUGUUUGUAUUAGACAAAGUUAAAAACAAAUUAUUUAUCCACAAUUCAGCUGUGAGAUGCGGAGAGUAAACGUACAUUAAGCGAUAAGUUACUUACCGUCAUGGGCGAGGAGUUCUUCAAGGUGGCGCUCCGGAUCCGGCCCCUGCUUCAUAAAGAAGUCCUCCACAGGCACCAGGUGUGUGUGCGGGAGGUGCCGGGCUCCCCACAGGUGAUGCUCUUCCAAGGCAACAAAGUCGACCCAGGAAACAUCUUCCACUUCGACUAUGCUUUCGGACCAGCAGCCAGCCAGGAUGAGGUGUACGACACCUGCGUCCAUCCGCUGAUGGAGAACCUGCUGGACGGUUACAAUGCCACCGUCUUCUGCUACGGACCGACCGGCUCAGGGAAGACGUACACACUGGGAGGGAUGAAGCUGGGUGAAAAGGAAGGAAUCAUUGAACGCGUGGCGAAGAAUGUGUUCUGGUUGCUGGAGCAGAAGAGGACGAGCAGUGAGGGUUUGAGGGCAACAGUGCGAAUCUCUUACAUGGAGCUGUAUAAGGAGGGACUGCGAGACCUGCUGGAGAUGGACAACAAUCAGAAAGUGCUACAAAUCAGAGACGAUGACAAAGGAAACACAGUUGUGGUUGGAGCCAAAGAGAUGGACGUCACCUCAGCAGAGGAGAUCCUUAGUUAUCUAGAGAUGGGCAAUGCCCAGCGCCACACUGCCAGAACAAAGAUGAACGAUCACUCCAGUCGUUCUCAUGCCAUGCUCACCCUCCAGCUCUUCCAGUCUUGCCCCGACAAGAAGUAUGUGUGCCACUCCAAGCUGUGUAUGGUUGACCUUGCGGGCUCGGAGUGCGCUGCUAAAACUGGAAACACUGGGAACAAAUUCCAAGAGUCUGUUCAUAUCAACACAGGCCUGCUUGCACUGGGCAGCGUCAUCCGUGCCCUCUGUGACCCAAGGCGUAAUCGCGGUGAUUUCUACAUACCAUAUCGUGCUGCCAAGAUCACUCGUCUCCUACGAGAUUCAUUGGGAGGCACCGCGCAUACUGUAAUGAUCGCAUGUGUAUGCCCCUCCAAAUGCAGUGUACUUGAGACCUGCCGCGUCCUGAAUUUUGCAUCAAAGGCCGUUCAUAAUGUUCGUAAUACAUGUACACAUACAAAGAUGAAAUUAAAAUUACCUAAGACCUGGAAUCAUUAUGAGGCUAAACUGGCCGAUGUUAAGUUUGAAGAUGAAACUCUGAGAGCGCUGCUGAAAGACAAAGAUAUGGAGAUUGAAAGGUUGAAGAAAGCUGGAGAGGGUAACAGCUUCACACAGCCCGGCCAGGUGAAGAUGUCUGAUGCAGAAUUGAAGUUGAGCCGAGAGGAAACACCACAGUACCGCCUCCUGGCUCAGGAAGCUGCAGCGCUGCUUGCGGAGAUUUCUGGUCCCACCCUUAGUCAUUCUUUCAGGCAGAGACAGCGGGAAUGGAAGGACAGACUGACAGCUGUCAAUCAUUCAUAUCAAACUGAGGACAAGGACUGUUUAGAGAAAGGCGAUGUCAAAUCUCAACAUGUUAUCAUAGAAAAGCUCAGAGAGGAACUCUGCAAAUGCAAGGAAGUUCUCGCCCUACACAAACAGCUGUUGGAGAAGAGAGAUGCAGAUCUGAGACGGUUUCAAAAAGAAGUAGAGAGACUUCUUCAAGAGAACAAAGCUCACAUUCAGGCCUUGGAGGAGCAAAGUGAACGCACUCGAAUACAGACUGAACAGCUCGUGGAGCAGCACAUUCUGAUCAAUCGGCUCCGCAGCGACCUGAUGGCCGUCAGGAGUGCAACAUCAGGGGUAAGGGGUGACUCAGGGGCCUCCUGGAACUCAGGCAGGAGACCUCAAAGUGUCCCUCUGACCAGACACAGCUGUGGACACGGGCCCCGCAGACGGAUUCACUCCAGCCCUCCAGCUUAUUCACUGGAGAGGGUGAUGGCAGCCUUCAAGAUGCGAGGUCAUCUCCUGCUGACUGAGAUUGAAGAGAAGGAUGAGGUGUACUGUCCGUUCAUAAAACAACCGGCAGAGAGCAAAGGCAUGGAUCAAGAAAAGCAGCAGGAGGAGGAGGAGGAGGAGGAGGAGGAGGACGACAUGUUGGUGGGCAGAAUGGGACUCAGGCGUUCCUUAAACCGAACAUGGACCAGCAGGCAGAAGAGAUCCGCUCUGGAAGAGAAAAAAACUGCACCAAACCAAACAUCCAGUAGAAAUCCAUCAGUGCAACCGUCUCAGGGAGCCGCAGGAAAAGACGAAGAGAACACGAAGCAAAGACAGACGAGGAAGGCGAGACUCAGAGCCAGCGUUACUCAGAGAAGGAUCCAGGAUCUGACUGUCAACAUGCGCAUGAAAGAGGAGCUCAUCAAAGAGCUAAACAAAACCGACAAGGAGACCCAAGCAGUGGACAGGCACGUCAGGCACAGCAGUGAUGACUCGGACGUGUGGAUGAGACUCUCCAUGCAGAGACAGAAGGUCCAGGCAGAGACGUACCACAGCCUGCAGCACAUGAGACUGCAGAGAGCACAGCUUCAGAGCAGCCUCGGAGAACUCGGCCAGAGUGAGGAGCAAAGUGCAGAAGAUGUCACUGUGUGCAAGAACAAUCACCUGGACGGGUUCGAGAAAAAGGUUCAUGGCAGUAGUUGGCUGGAGGAAGAGGAGGAGUGGGUCCUUCAGAAAAGAGCAGAGCUGCAGGAGCUGGAGGAGGAGCUGAAGAGGAGAGAGGAGGUGCUGCUGCGCAGGGAUACCUGUCUGCAAGAGAAAAACAAACUGGAGAUUAAGAAGCUACGCUCCAGUCAGGCUCUGAAUCAGGACCUGCUGCAUGUGUCGAUGCAGCUGGAGUCUCUGGAGGAGGAGAUGAGGAGGAGCAGUGUGAGGCAGAAUGGAGGAGUCACCAGAGAGGAACUGGAGAAAGAAAGAGAAACACUUAGAAAGAGGAGAGACACCCUGGGCGACCAGCUGAAGGACAACAUAGUGCUCACUGUGGAGGAGGAGCAUUCCCUGCUGGAGCUGGAGGAAGACAUUGAAGCUCUGGACGCAGCGCUGGAGUUUGAAAACCACUCCAUCCAGGACAAACAGGAGAAGCUGUCAGUCACAGACUCCUCUGCACAUCAGUCACAGAGCACUGAACCCGCCCAACUCUGUGAUGUCGUUACAAAGUUGAGAAAGCUGUCACCACCCGAGGCUUUGGAUCUUCUUGUCAAAUAUUUCAACAAGGUGGUUUAUCUGCGAGAGGUGGAGCACCGUUUGCGUUUGCACUGUGAAGAGCUGCAGAUCCACGCUGGAGAGCAAGAGGUGGCGAUGAGGGAGAUGAAGGCAGCUAUGCAGCGGCUUACUCUGGACGCAGACCGCAGGUUCACCCAGCAGCACCGAGAUCACCAGAGCAACAUCCAGCUUCUGCUGCAGAAGCUAAAAGAGGGAGGUCCAGGAGAGGCACAGCAGGCUUUCCAGGACCGACUGCAGCAUCUGGAGAAAGAGCUUUUUUUCUACAAAAGCUCCAGCCGGCAGCUAAAAAAGAAACUCAGGGAGCUCCAAAGCGAUGCGCUCCACUCAGCUGAUCAGCCCGCACACUCACAGGAGAACAGACCAACAAGCGCAAACCAACUCCAGACACAAGAGGUACGGGCAAAGACACAUGUAGUUACAACAUAUGCAAAUAUACACAGUGAAGAAACAGACAAACAGACACAAUGGCAGACUCCUUACGCCUCCUCAUCCUCCGACCUGCAAGUUUGCAAAAACACAAAAGUGCCUGAACACCAAAACCCCACAGAGUCAGGGGCAGAGGACAGAGGGUCCGGAUGUUUAGAAAUGGAACCUGUCCGUCUGUGUCGCAAAGAGCUGAGACAAAUCUCCCCAGCUGACCAGAAGGUCUUCGGCUCUGCCACAUGGAGGCGCCAGUCUGUUCUGGAUGGUAGCUCAGAUUCUAUUCUAGAGGACUCCAUUGAAGUGGCUCAAAACACUGAUAGAUGAUGUUGCAUCAUUUUUUUAUGAAGUGCCUUUAGUAGAUCACUUUGCAUCAGCAGUUUGAACAGCAGAGCACCGAUUGGUUCUGUGUUUUUGGUCUCAGUUUUUCACUUACAUUCACAGCUGUCCUUUGUUAAACAUGUAUGUAUGGCUGUUAAUGUGAAACUACAGAGGAGUGAAGCUGCAGCAAGGGAGAGAACUGCAGAGUUUAAGGGCUGAAGAGAGGAGAGGAAGAAAAGAGAAUGUGAUUCUUAGUUUUGCUCUUCAGAAGGAGAAGAAAUACAGAAGAAUGGCAAUAUUGUCAUGAAAGAAAUAUGAAUAUAUAAAGGGAGAAAUGUUCAUGUAUGGAUCUCUUUAAUACUUAUUCAACUUAAAUCUCAAGCUCUUGUAAUAGAUACAAACAAAAACUAGCUUUAGAGUUUCAUAUAUCUCUCUGACAUAAAUGUGCAUAACUUAAAAUCUAAAGUACGUAGUAAGACAACCGGUUAUUUAAAGUAAACGUCAGCACUUCUUUGUUAAUAUAAAAUACAGUAGAUGGACUUAAAGUAACCACUCAGUCAGCUUCACUGAAUUGAUUCUUCUCCGUUUAAAAACACAUUUCUUAACCUAUUGUUUCAUCUUUUCAUAUAAUGCCAUGAAGAAAAUCACUUCGUCUUCCACAGUAAAAUAUGCAGCACUGUUUAGCACUAGAUGACAUGAAGAUAAAUUAAUAUAAAUCUCAGCCGUGUUUUUUAUGCAUUUGAUUUGUUUUGGUGUAAACUUUAUAUAUGUGUGUGCAUAUUUUUUUUCCCUAUUGAUUUUAAGUUAACUGCUGUGUUAAUUUAUUUUCUACAAAUGUGAAUCUUAUUUUAUUAAACUAUUAAACUCC